AACACCAGGACGAUCUUCCCAAAGUCACCAUCACCGCAUACAUUUCUUCAUCUCAUCUUCCUUCGCCUCUCUCUCUCUCUCUCUCUCUCUCUCUCUCUCUCUCUCUCUCUCUACACACACACACAGGAAGCCAAGAUGAACAAUCUUUUGACGGAUUCUUUUGAAAUGGACGCGAAGCCCCCAAAGGAGAGGGACAUCGAGAUGGGGCGCCAGAACUCCAAGGACAAAUCAGAUUAUGGACUCGAAGACUUCUUCAAAGAGGUCAAAGAAAUCGAGAUGCUGCUGGACAAGAUGUCUAAUAUAGUUCAGAAACUUCAGGAAGCUAAUGAGGAGUCAAAAUCAGUCACUAAGGCCUCUGCAAUGAAAGCAAUCAAGGGACGCAUGGAGAAAGACAUCGAUGAAGUGGGGAAGAUCGCACGAAGCAUAAAAGUGAAGCUAGAGCGAAUGGACAGAAAUAAUCUUGCUAACAGGAAGAAGCCAGGUUGUGGGAAGGGCACAAGUGUAGAUCGAUCGAGGAUGUCGAUGACCAUUGCACUGAAGAAGAGGCUUAAAGAAAGAAUGAACGAUUUCCAGAAUUUGAGGCAAACUAUCCAGCAAGAGUAUCGAGAAGUCGUUGAGAGAAGGUUCUUCACAGUCACUGGAACAAAGCCUUCUGAUGAGGUGAUUGAUAACCUGAUUGAGACCGGAAGCAGCGAGCAGAUCUUCGAGAAAGCAAUUCAAGGAAUCGGUCGAGGGCAGAUUAUGGCCACGGUUGAAGAAAUUCAGGAACGGCAUGAUGUAGUGGUGGAUAUUGAAAAAAAGCUUCUAGAAUUACAACAGAUUUUUGCAGACAUGGCAGCGCUUGUCGAUGCACAAGGAGAGAUAUUGGACAACAUAGAGAGCCAGGUUCAGAAUGCUGUAAACCACGUGCAAACUGGGACCGAAGCGUUGCGCAGCGCCAAGAGCCUUCAGAAGAAGUCGAGGAAGUGCAUGAUGAUCGCAAUUAUCAUGCUUCUCAUCAUCGCGGUGAUCAUCGUGCUAUCAGUUUUAAAGCCUUGGGCUAAGUAGGAAAAAAAUUCCCUUUGUGGGACGCAUGUUGCAAACAUGCUUUAUCCACUUAAUAAUUGAUAUACUUGCAGUGAGCCUUUCUGAUGUACUCCUACUACUUAGCUGAGGGUGCUUUAAUCAUUUAUUUAUGUACUUAGUUACAGUGAUACUUAUGGCUAAGUUGCGAUUUGGCAUGCGACAGUUUUUAAUUCUAUAUAAGGCGGAACCAAGAAACAGUUGCUUAGAGCUCUA